AUGAAUACCAUGGGAGGAGAGUUCGUUUGGGAAGUAUUUGCUGAGGAAGUUGGUGGCGAGCAUGGGCUACCACCGGGGUUCCGUUUCCACCCCACUGAUGAAGAGCUUGUUACCUUCUACUUGGCCUCCAAAGUCUUCAAUGGAAGCCUUUGCGGCGUUGAUAUUGUCGAAGUUGAUCUUAAUAGAUGCGAGCCAUGGGAGCUUCCAGAGGCGGCGAAGAUGGGAGAGAGGGAGUGGUAUUUCUUUAGCUUAAGGGACAGGAAGUAUCCGACCGGUCUAAGAACGAACCGGGCGACAGGGGCCGGAUACUGGAAGGCAACCGGCAAGGACCGGGAGGUUGUUGCUGCGGCCACCGGCGCCCUGGUUGGCAUGAAGAAGACCCUGGUCUUCUACAAGGGCCGGGCUCCGCGCGGCGAGAAGACCCGAUGGGUCCUACACGAAUAUCGCCUCCAUGGCGACUUCUCCUUCCGACACGCAUGCAAGGAGGAAUGGGUGAUCUGUAGAAUAUUUCACAAGGGAGGAGGUGACCAUAAGAAGAACGCAUACUUGCCCAACUGCACCUACCUCCUAGACCCUUCCUCGUCUUCUCUCAACUCAUGCUUCUCCCCUCUACUUGAGUACCCACAAACCCUAGAAAAUCCCAUUCAAUCUCUCCUCCAAAACCGCCACCUUCCCCACUUUACUCAAACCCUAGAGAACCCUUCAGUACUCUUCCCUUUUCCUGUUUCACAGCCUUUCCCCACCACUGGCCACCUUCACUCUCUCUUCAAGUCUCCAUUACCAGCAAAAGAACAAAUCAACAGUGCUCCUGGUCAGGAGGAAUCGUUCUCAAACUGGCUUGAAUCCUGCCUACAAAACCCUAGCUUUUCCAGCUACGACAUGAAUCACAACCAUCUUGGGCUUCCUCCCAUCCAAGUUGGAGGAGCACCAGUGCUACAUGACACGCCCUUUCUGGGACCCAGUUCUGCAUUACAAUCUGGACCGUUGGUUCCAUGA